CAUGAGCUUCGUCUUUGACCAAAUUGAGAAGCAGAGGCGAGAAAUGUUCCUUCAAAGUCCAAAGCGACAAUACACUCAGCGCACCAGGGCAUGGCAGCAGAAUCGCGAGAAACCCAACAAUCUGCGUGCAAUGUCCAGAGAUGGGAUGCGAGAAAUGCAGAAACUGAUGCUAAUUCUGGUGUUUUAAUUUUGUAACUGUAUAGUCUUGGCUGGUAAGAAGGUAGCUAAGACUUAGGAAGUUAGAUCUAUGUACUAUUUUCUAAAUUCUGCAAAACUCAUUGAAUAAAAAUUUGAAAUCAACAAGACAAACUAAUAUAUCUUGACUUCUCCUUUUUUUUUGUUAUGUAUAUCUUGAGUUUUCUUAUACAUACAUUUUGGUAUAUUCAUUAUCUGUUUUCUAUUCCUACUAAUGCUUGGACCUAUAAUAGCUCAUCCUUGAUAUCCCUUGUUGCAUUCAUUCUAUUAAGUAUGUCUAAGCUGAAAAUUAAUUAAAAUCUACUGA